CACUAUUAUACAGUAUAUCAAUACUGCUUAAUUUCAGUUCUUUCGUGGAAAUUUUUCGGAACUGUUAAAUUCGUCAUGUUCGUAGACAGAGAAGUACUAUAAUGACUUUUGAAAUUAUUUGGUAGAUGAAGAUCUUUAAAAUUUUAUUAAACGUCUUUAAAGGAAUAUGUGAUAUAACUCGACAUAGAUAUCAUUGCGUUUUUAAAGAAAAUCGAUAAAAUAACUUUCUCCCUCUAUACUAAAUACGAAUGACUGAGUUCAUAAUAAGAGUUCUAAGCAUUUAUAUAUCAGUUAAGAAAGGAAAUUACCGUAUUUUAUUUCUUUAAAGUCAUAUUUUAGAAUCAGAAUUCAGUGAUAAGGUACAAAAUUCAUAUAGGCUAUGACUUUUCUAUUUCUAAGGGUGAUAUUUUAUUUGAACUCUGAUAAGUUGAGGAUUAUUUUCUAUGAUAUGUGUUAAUUUCCUUCUAUAUAUUUGGUGGAAACCAUAAAUUUGAAUUGUUUAAUGGUAUUUAAACAAUUCAAAUGUAUUGCUUCUAUUCCACAGUCAUGAUUUGUGGACACACGAUCUCGGGAACUUGUGAUCGAAUCUGGCAAGCAGAGGUUUUGAAUCUGGGAUGCAGGAAUCUGAGUUCCCCAGGAAUGUUUCGCGGAUGGUCUGCCCAGGAUAUGUCUGAUGCCAUUUCUCAUCACUCGGCCGCCCCCAUUGUAGGUCUAGCCGAACUCCAGAUGAGUAUGGAAAAAGGCCCUCAUAGUGCUGACAGGAUGGAAAAAAUUAAAAAUGAAAAAAAAAGAAAAAUGAUUUGUUCGAUCUCACUAUCAGUCAAUUCAUUUUCUUUUAUGACAUAAGCAAAAUAAAAUAAAAUUCAACUUAUUGCCACAAUAGAAGAGAAAUGAUAAUGAUGCUGAAGAUAAAUGCUUAAAUAAAUUCUUUUCGAUAUUUCAGAGAAAUCUGAUGAGAAUAUUGUGCAUUUUAUAAGGUUCAGUUUUGAUGAAUAACUAAUUGGUAUUGAAAUGAAUCAAUACAUUUCGAAGUUUUAAAUUCGACAGUGAUUGGCUGGUAUUCACCGUGAAAUAUCUUAAGCUUCUUUUGACUUAACACAGAAAAGAUAAAGAAGAAAUAUGGUGAUAUGAAUGGAGAACUUAUUGUUGUAGAACUUCAAAAGGGUCCUAAUGGACUUGGAUUAAGUUUGGCUGGAAAUAAAGAUAGGACAAAAAUGAGUGUUUUUGUAUGUGGAGUACAUCCUUCUGGAAAUGCAGCAAAAGAUGGAAGAAUUAAAAUUGGAGAUGAACUAUUAGAGGUUUGCGAUGAAAACAGGCUUGUAAUUCACAAGGAUAUUGUAGUCAAAGUUCAAAACCUUGAAAUUAAGCGUGGUGCUGAAGAUUUGCUGACAUGUUUAAAGAUCAUUGCUGUUGCAUUAGACAAAAUGCAAAGAAAUGACUGCACAAUCAGUGAAGGAAUUGAAUUAUGGUUUGGUGUUCAAAGUGACUUGCAACAACUUGGGACCACUGGAGUCACACAACCAGCCAAAGAUAGAUUUGAUAUGGCUAUCACAGACUAUCACUUUUUAGCAAAUCUUCUGGACCCAAGAUACCAGGGUGCAAAGCUCACAGACAGUAUGAAAGAUGCUGCACUAACUCUGUGCCAUGCUCACUACCCAGAUGCUAUGCCUUCAGUUUUAAAAUACUUGGCAAAAACUAGCCCAUUUCUGCAACACAUGUUUGCAGAGUCUGUGCUAACUAAUAUCACUCCUCUUACAUGGUGGCAGUCACUACGUGACAGAAUUGAUGAACCUGUUUUAAAAUUAGUUACACAGCUGAACACAGCAGUGGCUUCUUCAGCGGGAAUUGAGAGAAUUUUCUCUACCUAUAGACUUGUUCAUACAAAACUUAAAAAUCGACUUGAACAGGAAAAGGCAGCAAAGCUUGUUAGUUUUCAAGUACCUAAACAAACACUACUGAGCAUUGUACAUUUCUGAAAAUAAGAAAUUCUUCAAGGUGAAGAAGCCACUGCUGGCAAUCCUGUUUUGGUUUUGUAUAUGCAAAUCUUAAAAAUGCCAUUUCAUAAAGAAACAUUUAAAAAUGCUGUAUUUUAUGUUAAAUAAAACAUUCUGUACAUUCUUGAGUCUUACACUGAAGUUUUUCUGCUUUUUUUCCUAUUAUACUAGAUCCCAGUGUUUUAUUUCCAAAAAAAAACCAUGUUUUAAA